CUAAACUCCUCUUCGUCACUCAGACAGCAUCACACGCAACGUCUCUCCUCCACAGAGAGGAUGUCCCACGAAGAUUAAACAAGACUUUUUCUACGACACAGAAAGAAAAACUAAACAAACAAGACGCGGCAGGACUUUUGUUUUAAUUUAAUUUUAUUUGUAGUGUGUCCGUUUGUCAGCAAUGAAACAGUCCGACAGUGACGCGUUCAGGGUCCACAAAAACCCGUUCACUCACCAGCUGAAAUUCACCAAAACAGAGGCUUUAAAGAUUGGACUGAUGUCUCUUACAGUAUUUCCAGUGCGGCUGCUGCUGGUGGCCUUCUUCCUGCUGCUGGCUUGGCCUUUCGCCUUCGUAGGUGCACUGGGACGCUCAGACUUUGUCGUUGAACCACAGUCAUGGUGGAGAAGGUUUACAGACGUAUGUCUUCGAGUGAUCAUGCGUACCAUGUGGUUUUGUGGAGGUUUCCAUUGGAUUAAGGUCAAAGGGCAGAUGGCAGCACCCUCUGAAGCACCCAUCCUCACUGUAGCACCUCACUCCUCCUACUUUGAUGCGAUCCCUGUCUCGCUGACGAUGUGCUCCAUCGUGGGGAAACUGGAGAGCAGAGACAUUCCUGUUUGGGGAACUCUGAUCACCUACAUCAGGCCAGUGUUUGUGUCUCGCUCGGACCAAGACUCUAGAAGAAAAACUGUAGAGGAGAUCAAGCGUAGAGCUGAAACUGGAGGGAAGUGGCCUCAGAUCAUGAUUUUCCCUGAGGGAACAUGCACCAACAGGUCAAGUCUCAUCUUGUUCAAGGCUGGUGCUUUCAUCCCAGGGCUUCCGGUACAACCAGUGCUACUACGUUACCCAAACAAACUGGAUUCUAUUACAUGGACGUGGAAUGGUCCUGGAGCGUUCACCGUUCUAUGGCUCACAUUGUGUCAGGUUCAUAAUCCCAUGGAGAUAGAAUACCUGCCGAUUUACACUCCAUCAGACGAGGAGAAGGAAAACCCAGCUCUGUUUGCCAAUAACGUCAGAAAAGUCAUGGCAAAGGCGUUGGACGUGCCACUCACAGACCUGUCCUUCGAUGACUAUGAGAUCAGUCUGGCGAAGGGCCCACUGAGGCCCUACAACUGCCACAGUCUGCUGAAGUUCAACCGCCUGGUGAGCCGCCUGGGGCUCAAAUCUGGCAGUAAACAGUCUGCGUUGGAGGAGGUGGCAAAAAGAGCCAGAAAGUUGCAGGGAGAGGGUCUGAGUGUGGAGGACCUGGCCCAGUUCCUCAGUUUACCAGUGACAGACACACUCACAGAAGUGCACAGUCUCUUCAACCUGAAUGGAGAUGGUAAGAUUGACAUCAGACGCUAUGUUAUCGCUCUGUCAACCGUAUGUCGACCAUCAAAGUCAAUGGAGACCCUCAAACUGGCCUUCAAGAUGUAUGAGAACGAGGAGAACGGGGAAGUCCUAGGAGAGGAUCUUGCCACCAUCUUUGAAGUAAUGCUGGGAGUGGAAGAAAUUGAACUUUCAGCAUUCUUUUUAUCAUUUGAAGACUCUUCAAAAGAGAAGAUCACGUAUGACGAACUCCGUAGUUUCAUUGAGUCGCAGCCAUCCUUCGUAGAUAAUUUCACUUACUUUAAACAUCCACAGUCGCUCUUCUGGGGCCGACGUAGCAGCUGCAACGGACAGAAUCGGGACAAAGAGGACUAAAACACGGACUUUUAAAAAUCUUAUCACUAUUUUUGUUUUCUGUCUCUGUCACAACAUUUCCAAAUGGUACAGCUUUCCUUCCACCUGGUGCCUUUAAGAGUUGAAACAAUAUGGAUGGAGGUGAAGGAUCCACAUCUCUACUCCAUUGCUUUAUUUUUAGUCUGGACUACAAGUUUAAGAAUCAUUUAAAUGCAAUUCUGAACCUAUUAUUUAUUUUAAAAUUAUUUUCUUAUGUAUGAGGUAGAAUUUUAUGUAAAAAAAAAGUAGGUGUUUUAAGCCCUUUUUGGCUUCAUAUUGUAGGUAGGUAAUGCUGUUUAUCUCAGGCUAAUGGACACUAGACCCAUGCAUGCAUUGAACUUUCCAUUUGCUCUACAUUUAUAUAUAAAAUAACCAAAAAAAUGUAUUUCAGGUCGAAUAUUGUUGACAAAAUCAGCUUCGUAAGAGAAGAAACAUAAGAAUAUGAAAAGAAGACAUAAAGGGUAAGGGAAAUAGAACUCAAUUUUUUUAUUGUGUGUUUUGGUCUUUCCGUUAAAUUUUCCGAUUUUGUUCAACAUAUUUACGGAUUUCCUUUAAAUCUGUGACUAACCCACUCCAGCCUCAUUUCUCACAUGGUUUCAAUAUAAAUCUCACAUGGUUUGAGCUGGACUAACAGACUUUUUUGUACCUAUUGACUGUGAUGUUUUUUAUUCUCAAGGUUCACUCUAAGCAGAUUUACACCAUGGAAGUGUAAAUCUAAUUGUCAUCGUGUAAUUGCUUAGAUUUGACAAAUAAAAUGGUUUCAGUUUUG